AUCUCUGAUUCUGUAAUCCGAUGCCACCAAACUGAAACAUUGAAGAGCUGCUUCCCUCCUGCAAAGACACAUUGGUGCCAUCAGGCAACGCUUUGCUGAUGAGGAUGAUGAUGGUGCUGAAGAAGAUCUGGUUCCCGCUUUGGUGAGGGUCCAGACGUCUGAGGCAUGUAAUGACAUUUUCUCAACACCCCCAGCCUCCAUCUAGGAUUGAAAACAUCCUCAGUAUUCUGAUGGUACCGGGCUCCUGGACAUUCGACCCAACCGUCCCAUUUCUGUCUCAUUGAGUGGGGGGGGGGGGUAACCUGAGCGGUCCGGUCAGCCAUGGUGCUUUCCCUGCUCUGAACAGAGCACAGGCUUUGUCUGGGAGAGAGUGAAACCCAUCUGCAGGAAGGAAACUGGAGCUGCUGAGCUGUUCUCUGCUGCCUCUGUCUGACCUCUGAGUGUCCUGCUGAAACCCACUGAGUGCAUGUGGAACGUCUGCAGAAGAAGACCAGCUGCCCAUGGACCAACCUAAGCUGCUGACCCUCAGAGACUGGGAAGGCCUCUUUCUGCAGCACAAAUGUUAGUGCUGUUAAGCAUCCAGUGAGGCUGAAGGUUUGAAUGUUUUCUAAAGAAACCUGCUUCUGUGCUGAGGAAGAGUCUGGAGUCUUCAUGAAGUGGUAACCAAGGGAAACCCAGUGAAUCUGUUGCAGCAACAUCAUGGUCUAACCGUGCGUUUUCUGGAGCAGCAGAACAAGAUGCUGGAGACAAAACUGGAGCUGCUGCAGGGUCAGGGGGUCAGCCGCUCCAACGUGGAACCCAUGUUCGAGGCCCACAUGGCCAACCUCAGGCGCCAGAUGGACCUGGUCAACAACGACAAGAUCAAGCUGGACGGGGAGCUGAGGAACAUGCAGGGCCUGGUGGAGGACUUUAAACACAAAUAUGAGGACGAAAUCAACAAGAGGAACAACCUGGAGAACGACUUUGUUAUCCUGAAAAAGGAUGUGGACUCGGCCUAUUUGGUGAAGGCAGAUCUGGAGGACAAAGUUGGAGCUCUGACGGAUGAAAUCAACUUCCUGCGCAACAUCUAUGAGGAGGAGCUGCAGGAGCUGCAGGCCAGCAUCAAAGACACCUCCGUGGUGGUGCAGAUGGACAACAGUCGCAGCCUCAACAUGGAGCAGAUUGUGGCCGAAGUCAAAGCCCAGUAUGAGGAGAUAGCAGCCCGCAGCAGAGAUGAGGCGGAGGCCUGGUACAAGAGCAAGGUCAGGAUGAGUGAUGGACCAGAGCAGAAUGAGUCUCGUAAAAUGUGCUUAAAAUGUGUUCCUAGCAUGUUCCUCUACUUCGAUCAGAUGUCAGUGCAGGCCAGGCAGUUUGGAGAUGAGCUCCGCAUGGCCAAGGCAGAGGUGGCCGAGGUCGGCCGUCUGAUCAGCCGCCUGCAGAAUGAGAUAGAGGCCGUGAAAGCGCAGCGCGCCAACCUGGAGCACCAGCUGGCUGAAGCGGAGGAGCGUGGAGAACUGGCGGUGAAAGAAGCCAAAGCCCGAACCAGAGACCUGGAGGAUGCUCUGCAGAGGGCCAAGCAGGACAUGGCCAGGCAGCUGCGGGAGUACCAGGACCUGAUGAACCUGAAACUGGCUCUGGACAUCGAGAUCGCCACCUACAGGAAGCUCCUGGAGGGGGAGGAAGACAGACUUGGACAACAAUCCAUCCUCAACAUCCAGGCUGUCUCCAGCUACUCUCCUAAAAGCAAUGGCCACAGCGGCGGCGGCGGCGUCUCUUCUGCUCCCAGACUGCUGGUAAAGAUGACUGAGACCAGAGAUCUGUCCAGAUACAGCACGCUCUGAGAGCAGACACUACAAUCAUGUAGGAAUUAAAGUGAUUUAAAAACACUGGAAUUGUUCCGGAGAAAUGUUUGCUUUUAGCUGCUAGUUACACUAACUUUAGUUUUCUUCUUUCACAUUUUCAAAAACACUAUUUUAAAGAUCUGAUGCUGUUUGUUUAGCCUGUGGGGAUUUUUUUAGGAGUGUAGAUUGUAGUUCUGACCAAAUACUGUAAAAACUAUUAGAAAUGCCUCACAGUUCUGAUGAGUCUGCAGAAAUUAACUCUUUUUAUUUCUAUUUUCCAGAAUCAAUGAGAUGUGUGGUCAAUGGCUUUAAGUUGAUUUAUUGAUUUACACAAAUAAAAUGAACAUCAAAGGGG